AUGAGUGAAUUGUGUCCAGUGUACGCUCCCUUUUUUGGUGCCAUCGGCUGUGCCGCAGCGAUCAUUUUCUCGUCGUUCGGUGCGGCGUACGGUACGGCCAAGUCAGGUGUCGGUGUGUGCGCGACCUGUGUCUUGAGACCUGACCUGCUUUUCAAAAACAUCGUUCCUGUGGUCAUGGCCGGUAUCAUUGCCAUUUACGGUCUGGUCGUGUCCGUGUUGGUGUGUUACUCCCUGGGCCAGAAACAGGCACUUUACACCGGGUUCAUUCAACUCGGUGCCGGCCUUUCCGUCGGACUCAGUGGACUUGCUGCCGGCUUCGCUAUCGGCAUUGUCGGUGACGCCGGGGUCAGAGGUACCGCCCAGCAACCUAGACUUUUCGUCGGUAUGAUUUUGAUUUUGAUUUUCGCCGAAGUUUUGGGUCUUUACGGACUCAUCGUCGCGCUACUAUUGAACUCCAGAGCCACCCAGGACGUUGUGUGCUGA